GUUGUGGAGAAAAAGGUGAGAAAUCAGAAAUAUAUGCAAAUCUAUUAUAACUCAUUUUUUAAUCGUUUUUGACGAAAACACAAAUUGUAUCCGAUUAGGGAUUGCAACUGUUAAUCCCUCUGAAAUUGAUCGUUCCAGUUCGGGCUUCAUCAGCGCACAGGCAAUCAGUGAACCAAACUAGUGCUAGGCAAUGGAUAAGACAACAGGCCAUGGAUUAUUUGCUAAUGAUGGAUCAUUCCUGGAGAGGUUCAAGCAACUUCAACAGGAGAAGGGUGAACAGUUCGAGAAAUCUAAGUCAGAUUCAAACACGCGUGAGAUUCAGACCUCAAAGACUGUCGUCAGUAAAACAACUAUCAAUUCUAAGGCUAAUAGCUCUAGUAGAACGGCUAAAGCUCCUUCAAGUGGGAAACUUGCAUUCAGUUUGAAACAAAAGUCAAAACUGAUUGCAACCCCUGUUAAGUUUGGUGAAGAUUUGGAUGAAGACAAUGAAGAUGCUGGAAACUCCGCAGAUGAUGGGCCAGUAAAGCGCCCAAAAUUGGCCCCACUUUAUUCCUCUGAUCUGUCUUCAAAACAAAUUAAUAUUGCACCACCUUUCCCUAGUGAUCCUAUAGUGAAGAAUGUUGCUGAUAAAUUAGCUAGUUUUGUGGCUAAGAAUGGGAGACCGUUUGAGCAUGUGACAAGGCAAAAGAAUCCCGGAGAUACUCCUUUUAAGUUUUUAUUUGAUGAGAACUGUCCAGAAUACAAGUACUAUAAAUAUCGACUUAGUGAGGAGGAGAAGGCCUUGCCCCAAUCAAAAGAUUCCCAGACAUUGCAAAGCAGUACAGUUCCUAAUUCAGUGGGCAGUUCUCAGAGGUCAGAGCAGCACGUUAAAUAUCAAACUCCUGCUUCAGCUUUAUAUGAAGCCACAGAGAGUUUAAGAUCUUCCCAUGCAUCAUCACAAACAACACACCGAAAGAACGGUGAAUCAAGUGGACCACCUGGUUCAGACCCUAUUGCCAUGAUGGAAUACUACAUGAAGAAGGCUGAACAAGAAGAGAAGCUGAGGCCUUUGAAAGCAUCAAAAGAUGAGAUGCCUCCACCUGCUUCCCUCCAAGGUUCAGGUAAAAAAGGGCAUCACAUGGGUGAUUAUAUUCCUCCCGAAGAGCUUGAGAAGUUCAUGGCUACCUGCAAUGAUGCAUCUGCUCAGAAAGUUGCAGAGGAGGCUGCAGAGAAGACAAAAAUUCAGGCUGAUAAUGUUGGUCACAGACUCCUAUCUAAAAUGGGUUGGAAAGAAGGUGAGGGUCUGGGGAGCUCAAAAAGUGGAAUGGCAGCUCCUAUUAUGGCUGGGGAUGUUAAAAAGGAUAACUUGGGUGUCGGUGCUCAAGCUCCAGGUGAAGUCAAUCCCGAUGAUGACAUCUACGAGCAGUAUAAGAAGAGGAUGAUGCUAGGCUAUCGUCACCGACCAAAUCCUUUGAACAAUCCACGGAAAGCAUAUUACUGACAACAUUUCAGCAAGUAUCCCCAUUUGAGAAUAACCAGAGUUCUCCAUAUAUUUGAAGCUGCUUGUUUUUGUGUAUUCUGGAACCAAACCAAAUUCAUUACAAGUUGGUGUUAUAUUUGUUUGUACUAUACCUAAUUAUAUUUCUUUUCCAAGUCUGUACGCACUUUAUUUUCCA